AUGUUCUUUGAGCCUUCCAGGGUGACUUCCAAGCACAAAGCUGUUGUUGCCCACAAAUCCAAACAGAAAUAUAGAUCCAAUUCUCAGGCUGUGGUGAAUCAGCCUUCACUGACCAUGAAUCCAGAAGAGACAGUCAUUCUCACAUGUGGUCUCAGCAUUGAAGCAGUCACUGAUGGGGUCACUUCUCAGAAUGUGGUGAUUCAAGAAUCCUCACUAGCCACAACUCCUGGAGGCACAGUUACACUCACCUGUGGCUCCAGUACUGGGGCUGUCACCACCAAUCACGUUGCCAGCUGGGUUCAACAGAAGCCCUACCAGAAACCCUGGGGUCUAAUGGGUGGAACCAGUAAUAGAUAUCCUGAUGUUCCUGCCCGAUUCUCUGGCUCCCUGCUUGGAAACAAGGCAGUCCUCACCAUCACUGGAGCCAAGGAAGAGGACGAGGCUGAGUAUUUCUGUGCUCUGUGGUUCAGGUCCAGUUCUCAGGCUGUGGUGACUCAGGAUCCUUCACUGACCGUGAGCCCGGGAGGGACAGUCAUUCUCACAUGUGCUUCCAGCACUGGAGCCGUCACUGAUGGUCAGUAUCCAUACUGGUUCCAGCAGAAGUCUGGUCAAGCUCCCAGAACUAUGAUUUACAACACAAACAAAAAACUCUCCUGGACUCCGGCCCGGUUCUCAGGUUCCAUCCGUGGGGACAAAGCUGCCCUCACAAUCUCGGGGGCCCAAUCAGAGGAUGAGGCUGAAUACUACUGUUUGCUGGUAUACAGUGGUGCUCAACACAGUGAUACAUUUAGAUGA